AUGGAGUCUGUUGACCUGAGAGAGGAGCUGAACUGCCCAAUCUGCCUGGGCACUUACACAGACCCUGUAAUGCUGAGCUGUGGCCAUAACUUCUGCCAGGCCUGCAUUGGGCGAGCUUUUGAUCAGUCGGAAAUGUACCGGUGUCCUGAAUGCAGAGCAUUCUUUGCAGAGCGCCCUGUGCUGCAGAGAAAUCUGAAGCUGUGCAGCAUAGUGGAACGUUUUCUUGCUGCCCAAUCAGCACCGGAGGAGGACGUGUUAUGCACUUACUGCGAGUCCGAUGUACCGGCGGCCAAAACGUGUCUCCACUGCGAUGCCUCCUUGUGCAGCAACCACCUCAGGAGACAUAGCAAGUCAGAAGAACACAUCUUGACCAAACCCACCACUUCCUUGGAAAACAGAAGAUGUUCCAUCCAUAAGAAGGUUCUAGAGUAUUACUGUAGAAACGAUGAUUCCUGUAUCUGUGUGUCUUGCUGUCUGGCUGGAGAGCACAGUGGACACCAGAAGGAAGCAUUAAACGUGGCCUUUGGGAAGAAGAAGGGGGACCUGAAACAUAUUUUGGAGGGACUGUAUUCAGAAAGAGAAGAGACAAAGAACAGAGUCCAAAGUCUUCAGCAACACCGGAAAGAAACCGACGACAAGGCCACGUGCAUCACCGAACGCAUCACUGCUCUUUUUAGGGACAUCAGGGAACAGAUGGAAGACCUAGAGAUGCGGGUCCGGAGUGAGAUCAACAGGCAAAAGAUGAAAGUCUCACUCCAAGUCUCCGAGCAAAUAGGGCAGCUGGAGAUAAAGGAGGCUGAGCUGACCAAUAAGAUCAGCCACAUGGAGGAACUAUGCGCCAUUACAGACCCGUUAAUUUUACUAAGGAAUCAGCAGGACAAUGAUGCCUGGCAUCCACUCAGCACAGGCGCCAGUAAAAUGAAUCAUGUAGGCCAUAUUGACGAUGCCCCCAUCUCUGUGGUUUUACACGUGGGGCUGAAACACUUUGCUGAUGUACUUCUAGAUCUGAAGGCCACUCGGCUCUUCCAUGCCCUGGAGACUUCCGCCAUUGUUCUGGACUUGAAAACGGCUUCUAAUAACAUUGCUGUAUCAAAGGACCUGAAAUCUGCUUGUUCUACCUCCAUCCACCAGCUCCGACCUGAUGGGCCAGAGAGAUUCGAGUCUAGUCAGGUACUAGGAAGCUACAGCUUCACCUCAGGCCAACACUACUGGGAGGUGGAUGUCAGUGAAGCGAAGGAGUGGAUAGUAGGAGUGGUCUGCCAGAGCAUGGAGAGGAAAAUAAUCGGCAACGAGUCCUUCCUGGGUUAUAAUGACAAGUCGUGGGCUUUAUACUUUCAGGAUCAUAUCGGAGCAUCUCAUAACAACCUACAGGAACUGGUCACUUCGUCCAUCCCAGUGCAGUCUAUUGGAGUUUAUCUCAAUUACGAGGCAGGGCUGCUGUCUUUCUAUCAGCUCUACCCCGUGCGGCACUUGCACUCCUUCACUACCACAUUCACUGAGCCUCUUUAUCCCGCUUUCUUUCUGUUUGAAGACUGCUGCAUCAGGGUUAUACACAGCCAGCAGCCAUAA